AGAAAUAUUUUUUUUACAUCGCAUUUUGAUUCAUGAACGAUUAAAAUCUAUUAUGUAGCUAGCUUUAUGACAACGAAUUAAAACAACAAGUGUUAAUUUAUUUUUUUGCCGUCAGUUUUUUAUUUAAUUGAUAAACGGUCUUUGUUGUUUUACAAUAGAAGUUAUCUAUCGUGGAAGCCACAAUGUAAUAUUUAAUUUUCGUUAGUGUAUUCCACAAAACAUGAUCGUGAGGUCCACGAUUGUUAAAAAAAUACGCAUCGCGGGCUAUCGUGGUUCGUGCAUAACAUGAAAUAAACACGAACUAUGAUGUUAACAAACCUUUUAACAGUACUGUAGUCUUAAAAUAAACAUUAACAAUUUAUAAACGUCGUUCUUAUUACUUUAAAUGAUUAGAACUUACAAACAACUAUCUCUAAACGCUGUUCAUGCGAAUUUCGAAGGAUUGGUACUUAUAAACAAAAUUAUUUAAACUUAAAAUGUUAAUAACUUAUUUGGUAAAAACAUUGUGCAAUUUUUGUCGACAUAGUAUGCAAGACAACAAUGUAAUAUGUUUAUUUUAGCAAUAUAUUUUGAAGUAUUACUUCAUCAUCAGGCUAUAAGUAAAAGUAUAUAAACAGUAAAAUUGCUAAAUAAAAAGUAUUCACAUCACAUAUCAACAUCUACCUACAUACACUAUACACGAGUUAAAAGGUAUUAAAUGAUUAAAACUCCCAUGAGGGAUAAGUCAUAAUUAAACUUUUAUUACUAAUUCACGGCUUUUAAACUCGUCCUUUGUGUUUAUUUUAGGCUUUAUGUCCCGAAUGAAAAGUGCCUCCAGUGUCAUUAAAUGAUAUUCCGACUUGAUCGAUUUUGCCAUUAUUUCUGCAUGAUUGAUUGAUAGCUCCACAUUACAUGUCUUGAAAUGACGUCCCACAGCAGUAUAUUUAUGCUCUUUGAUACAUAGCUGGAAAACCUAUGUGUUUUAAAAGGGAUAUCUUUGUCAGCCAUUGUUUUAACAUUUUCAUCCAGUUUCUCACAUGCUUCAUCAAGGUCAUCAUAAUUGUUAGAAUAUGACAAAUUGAGUUUCUUGUAGCUACGAACCUUGAUAGUCUUAGGUUUAAUAUUUGGCCUUUUAAAUUUUCUGAUCACAUAAACUAAAUUGUGAUCACUAAUGCCUAAAUAAUCCAUGACACCAGUUUUAGAAAUACAAGAACUGUUAGAAGCAAUCAAGUCAAUAAGAGUGCUACUAUUUUCUGUAAAACGUGUUAGCACCGUAAUAAGUUGUUUUUGGAAAAAAGUGGAGCAUAAUUCCUUUAUUUUGGAGAUGUUGGUAUAUGAAGUGCGGCCAUCCAUUGAUAAGGAUUUUGAUGAUUUCUUUUCACUUGUCGUGGAAGAUGAGGGCUGGAUAGAAAAAUAUAACAAAGGUGAUAUUUUAGUUAAAUCAAAAUGGACAGAAGAAUCAAGAAUUAAAAUGAUAAAGGUAAGUUCUCCAAUCAAUGUUAGUCUUGAGUGUCUCUAUGAUGUACUUCAUGAUCCAGAAUACAGAAAAGUCUGGGAUAAGGACAUGACAGAUUCCUAUGAUGUUUGUAAAUUAAAUGGGAACACAGUGAUUGGUUGGUACGGAGCUAAGAUGCCACCUCCAUUAAAGUACAGAGAUUGGAGUCUGUAUCGUACGUGGCGAAAGGAUGAAAGCGAGUUUAUGAUUUUCAAUCAUUCUGUUGACCACAAGUUGAUACCUGUUCGAAAAAAUUAUGUACGAUCUGUGUCUUAUUUGACUGGUUAUUUUGGCGAGAAGUUGACAGCUAACAGGUGCAAGUUAACGUUCAUAACUCAGACAGACCCUAAAGGUAAAUUACCAAAAUGGUUCAUCAACUUGUUAUCAACGAGUAUGUCACCAAGGAUUAUGAAAAAACUCCACAAAACAGCAUUAAAGUACGAAAAAUGGAAGAACGAACACAAUCCUGAAAAGAAACCAUGGCUCACUGACGGCGAUAAUAACCUGCCGUUAUUAAAUAUGCAUGACGUCAUCAAUCAUGAUCCGGACGAAGCCAAUACUAGCGACGAGAUUGACGAGACGUUUAUUUCACCGGACUCAAAUAUUUCUGAUGGUAGCGAUUAUGAUGUUAUAUAGUAUUCAGUUAAUUUCUAGUAAAUAUUAAAGAUUUUAUCACUGUGCUGGUCACGUAGUCUACUUUUUAUUUGUUGUAGCUAAAACAGAAAACAAACCGUUUUUCCAAUAAAUUAAAUUUAAGUAUGUGCUCUAUUGCAGGUGACAUUACAUCAUACAAAACAUAUAAAGAAUAUGCGUAAAUGUUGUGGGUUUGAUUUUUUUUUAUCCUGUAGGUGAAUAAUGUAUUCCAUUGACAAGAAAAAUACAAAAAUCUGUUGA